CGUAACGCAAGCAAAGCGCGUAUUUAUUUUUUCAAUCAAAAUUCUAGAAAAUUGAAUAGAAUCUUACUGUAAAUUAGCAUUAUUAACACAAAAAUGUCUUUUGACGUUAAUUGGGAUAUCGACAAAUACAGAGAAGAGCAUGAGAGCGAUGAUCAUUGGGAAUUACGAAGACGUUUUAUGGAACGGUGGAAAAGUGACUAUUCUGAAGAAAGGCUGGUUUGUCUGGCGAGGGUUUUCGCUAAUAUGGAGCUGCUGGGCUGCCGGUAUCCCGUUGAAGUCAUGCAAGAAGUCGCUAGGCUCGCCCAUGAUGUAGCACAAGCAUACAGGAGUUCACGUAAAGAUAAAUUAAAAAGAACAUUUGUUUCUGCUUCGGACGCAGCAGAGGAUAGAGCUAAAGGCGUAAAGAGAGAAGGAGGAGUGAUAGUUGAUGGUCCCACAAAGAAAUCUGCAAAAAUACAAUUUGUGCGACCAGGUCAGAGUGAUGACACUAAUAUGUCAGAUAACGAAGAACCUGUUAAUGAUAACGACACAAGUGAUAAUGAUAAUACUAAAUCGUUGAAGGAUGUGGAAGAGAACAACGGUAGAGAAGAUGUCAAGACAUCAGAUCCAAAUGAAUAUAUGAAGGAAAUGCAGAAUAUGAACUGUUUAGAUGUGAGGUGUUUUAAUGAUAGAAUGUUUCAAACAUAUUUUGGACGAAUGGUACUACUUAUCAGACCGUGGACAAAUAAAUUAAGUAAUAUACAAAGUAGUUGUCAAGUAUGCCACAUACCACUGACAAACACGUAUGAGAACGGUUGUUUCUCUCUGAUGUUGGGCGGUAAACUGCUGGCCAGCGCACAGGGGGCGAGCAAAGCUGAGGCAAAGAGUAUAGUCGAAACGCUGGCAUGGAAUAGAUUAAAGGAGUCGGUGAUAUGCGUGGUUGUGAAGGAGCAGUGGAUAGCGCAUGGCGACGCCCGGAUAUCCGUGAGUGACGUCACUGGCAGGCAGGAGGAGUUCGGGACGCCGGUCGAGAAUAGCGUUGCUCUGAAGAUGAUGAAACUGAUGGGUUGGAAGGGCGGAGGCCUGGGGGCCGAGGCGCAAGGCAUCGCGGAACCCAUCAAACCUAAUCUGCAAAUGGUGAACCGCGCUGGCUUAGGCAGCAACGCGGAUAUCCGGCACCUGCGGCGCGCCGCGCAAGCGCUAAUGCAGCGCUACGUGGCGUCCUCCUCGCUGGACGUGGACCUCGUGUUCAGCAGCGAGUUCUCCAAGGAGGAGCGCAGCCAGCUGCACCAGCUGGCGCAGAGAGCUGGCCUCGCCUCACGCAGCUACGGAGACAAAGACCGAUUUCUGGUGGUGAAGAAGAAGUUAGAUCCGUUCUCGCUAGUCCGCGCCGUCGUCGAGCAGGGAGGCAGCACACCCAAGUAUGAAGUAUUCAUACCACCAGCGCUUGGCAGACGAUGAACAAAAUCCAACUUAGUACUGUUGCCUAACUUAUAAUAUAUGAUAGUUGACUAUUGCAAGAACUAUCGAAGAAUCAAAUUCAAAUGUGCGACUUUCCAAUCGGCGUUCCCCAAAAACAGCUUGCAGCUUCUCACAACCUGUAUAAAAAAAAAACAUAAAAUUGUUAUACAAUUUGGCUGCAAUAGUAUAUUUGUACGUAUAUUAACUAUUGAUAUUAUUGAUAAUAUCAAUAUGAUUGAUAACUAUUGAUUGUUCUUGAAAUAGUCGCAAGCUAUAUUGAUUUUUUUUUUAAACUAUGGAUAGUCUAUGGAUAAUGGUCUAUUGAUAGACAAGACUAAAUUCAAAUAUUGCAUACAAGAAAUAACUAACAUAUUCAAAAUGGAAUUACAGUACAAACGUACGUGCAAAUAUUCAUAUAUGAGAGGUUAAAAAAGCCACAUUGUGAACGAUUCAUUUAAAAAGCAAUAUAGCUAUUUUACAUUUGUUGACUUUGCGCACUUACUUUUAUAUGCGCAAGUAUUAAAUAGCAAUAUUGUUUUUUUAGAUGAAUUGCUUCGAUGCGGCCAUUUUAGGCACCCGAUCUUUUAAAUAAAUAAUUAUUAAAUCACC